AUGGAGGUCGGAAGGCCCUCUUCCUUCGAAGUCAAGCUCAACGACGAGCUUCUCUUCUCCAAAUAUGAAACGACAGGUUUUCCAAUCGUCGAUGAAAUUUUGGAACAAGUGGAGAAAGCAGUCAAGGGCGAAGAAGUCGCCAAAGUGACAACAAGUGCUCCUCCUGUCGAUAUGGGCAACUUCUUUAUCAUCUUGAUUGCAAUCGCCCUCUACUUGUACGGAAAACCACUCAUUCAGCUCGUCCAGAGCCUUUUCUCCUAA